AUCUCUCAACCCUCACCCGAUCAAUACUACACAAAAUUUUUACUAAAAGUUAGAGACAGCCUCCAACAUGAUGAAAGGUAGUGUUCUCAUGUACCUGCAGCUUGCAACUGUGGCCUUGUUGGCUUUGGCUUGCUCUCUCGCCUUUGCCUCUGACCCUAGUCCUCUUCAAGACUUCUGCGUUGCAGUCGACAAGUACGAUUCUGCCGUAUUUGUGAAUGGAAAGUUUUGCAAGGAUCCAAAAGAUGUCAAAGCUGAAGACUUCUUCCGCCCGGGGUUAAAUGUUGCCGGAGACACCUCAGGUCGACAGGGGUCGAAUGUCACCGCCGUUACUGUGAAUGAAUUACCAGGCCUCAACACCCUAGGCAUAUCAUUGGCUCGCAUUGACUUUGCACCAUACGGCCAGAAUCCUCCACACACACAUCCUCGUGGCACUGAAGUUCUAUUUGUCUUGGAGGGUACUUUGUACGUUGGCUUUGUCACCUCUAACGGAGAUGGAAACCGUCUCUUCACCAAAGUUCUAAAUGCUGGAGAUGUCUUUGUAUUCCCAGUUGGUCUCGUUCACUUCCAGCUCAAUAUCGGAAAAUCCAAUGCCAUUGCCUUUGCCGGUCUCAGCAGCCAGAAUCCGGGGGUUAUCACCAUAGCUGAUGCAGUCUUCGGAUCUGAGCCUCCCAUCAAUCCCGAUGUUCUCUCCAAGGCCUUCCAAGUAGACAAGAAUCUGGUUGAAUAUCUUCAAAAACUGUUCUGAAAAUAGAAAUAUAUAAAAUAAUAAUCACAUUAAUGAACCAUUAAUUAAAUAAUUCGAAUAAACUGAAAUUUUCCAUAUAUGUUUCCUUUAUUGUAAUUUCAUUUGAAUAAUUAUAACGAAAUAAGACAGUUCCUUACGUAUUGUCUCAUUUCCUUAAUUUCUCUAUUUGAGUUGUGGCAUGGUACGCUCGAUGUAAAAGGAAUGAGUAUUGUAGUAAUUCUGAUCAAGAAAUUAAUUUACCUGUUAUAGUGCAUUGAUCCGUUA